AUGGCCACGCCAACGGUCGACACUGUGUCUAUAGGUUCUCCUCGCGAUCAACCAUCGACUCUGAAUCUGUUGCCCCAGCAGCCUGGCCGAGAAACCGAUCAACUCGUUGCGUCCGGGCCACAAACAGACACUUCUGCUCGAUCUAUCCCUCUAUCUCGAGCCGCAUCGCAGUCGCGCGAAGAUGGCACGUCUCAGUCCGAAGUCUCUUCCACCUUGAAGGAGGAUCAACUUGCUCAGCAGGGUCAAGGGACUCCUCCACCUGGCAGCUAUUUAGGUGGUCCUCGACGACUAAUCAAACCAUCCUUUCGAGAAAAAGACCGAGACGAUCGAGAAGAACCAAGACCUGCCACCUGGAAAUCUCUUUUGCGGGUUCUAUGCCGCCAUUGCAUCGUGCAUCUUUUCCCCGUCGCUAUCAUAUGUGUGCUCUUGGGGUUUAAUUUCCACAGAUAUUAUAUCGGGCACUCACUGCUCGGUCCUGCCGAUUGGCAAGACGAUUCCAAGAUUGACAUGCUGCAGAUAGCGGCCAAAAUCCAUGAAAUCUCCAUUAUCGCCAGCUUAACGACGGUCGUGUGUGAUAUAAUUUGCUAUGUCCUAUCUAGCAAUGUAGGGGUGCCAAUUAGCGCCGUAGAUGCUGGCGCGGCCUUUUCUGGAGGGACUUAUCUAUUGUCGAGCGAGUUUCUCAAAAUAUUCAAAUCUGAAGCAUACAAAUGUAGACACAAAGUCGUCAUCGCCUUUAUGGCUAUCCUCUUCUGCGUCGUUGCCAACUCGGCUGGGCCUUCCAGCGCCAUUCUCAUGAUCCCGAAGAAUCAGACCUGGCCGUCGGCGAACUACGAUUUCGUGCUCAAUGGGACCAAAAGCGAGGACCUCUGGCCACUGACCCUCACUGAGCGUAACAUCGGCAGUCCCCACUGCAGCGACUCUCAGAAGGCGAUCGAAGACCCUUCCUGCAUCGCCGGGGCUUAUCAGUCUAUCGGUCAUUACUUCAACUCCUUCAUCUCGUUUCCGCAAGGCAACAGUUUCGUCUUCGAUGUUGCGGACGCUCUUACAAUUCGCACUAUGCAAGGAAACGUCCGCAACAGCAUAUCGUACGGCAGCGAGACCUGGACGAUGGCGCCACAUGCAGCUACAGUCGCUGUCCAGGAGCCUAUCCGUGCCGUAUGGAGCCAGAGACUCGCGAAUCUGGAGGGUACGAAUUUGAAGCUCUCGGACUUGCGGGCUGGCAGAGUUGACACGACAGUCCCGGUUGUCCGCACCGCUUGUGUGCCAAUGAGGAAUCUAUCCUCUUCUGUUAACUCUGAUGGUACAUUCCCCAUGGACUUCCCCGUCCUGAGCGAGUACGACUUCUGGUUCAAGAUGUCAGAAAAGAAUGGUUACUUCGGGAACGGUGCCACCAACCGUCUCAAUAUGAGCUCAUCGCUCCUGGAGUUAGCGAACGGCUCAUCGACGCCCCCCUUCAUUGUUAAGACCUCCUGGGUACCACUUCCUCCCAGCCAGUUCGGCAGUGUGUCGGCUGGGCUCCUUAUCUUGAUGUCAGCCGCCGGCAAGGAAGGGCACGGAACUCGUUUCGAUCUGGGGAUUGGCUGUGCAGUAGAUGCCCGGUGGGCGCCCGGGCAGCACUGGCUGAUGUCGUCGCAGUCGGACUGGGCGUUGGCUGGGUAUAGCUACCCAACAAAGAGCACGUUAUACGGACGUCGUGAAGGUCCUAACGGCGAGGACGACGAGAGAUUAUUCCUCCCAGCUCCGCACGGCGGGUGGUCCCCUAUUAGCUUGUCCAAAGACUGGCUCCAGGCGUUGACACCCACAGUUCCCGGUCGGGCGGGUACAUCCACCUUGGACGCCAUAUUCGAGGACACUAUCCCGUCCCUCUGGGCCGUCGUCGUCCGCCCCUCACUUUCCUCCGCAAUAUACGACUACCACGCCCCGGACAGGUACGAGCUGCUGGUGCUGGCCGAGCACGCCGUCGCCAAUCUCGUGGCCGACGGUGUCUCUCGUACCGGCCUGCACCUGCAACCGCGCAUAUGGGACUUGGUGACUUCGCUCACCGAUAUUCCAAUUGACACCUUCAGCAAAGGCAACCCCGAUGUGAUCCUCGGCUUCCCGUUCAACGGCCGCGAGGGAACCACGCCGCUCCAUAUUGAGAUGGAGGUCCAGGGCUAUGCAUACAUGCUCGCGGGUGCCCCCAGCUUUUUCGCCUUAGCAAUAAUGUGUAUUUACCUGCUCAUCGUCGUGGUGCACGUUGUGAUCAUCUUAACAAGAGGACACCACACAGCCACCUGGACGACGGUGGCCGAGCUCCUGGUUCGGGCUCUCUCCCCGCAUCCGCCUCCUGACGCCGUGGAUGGACGGACAACGGUGCUACUUAGCAGCGAGGACACCGAGGUCGAACUUGAUAACAAGACGCAUACGUAUCAAGUGUUCGUUGGAGUGGCCGAACACGGGAAAGAAGUCACGGUGCAGUUAGACCCCAGGCGUGAGGCGGUCGAUGAGGAGGAGGGAGGACAAAACAUGGUGUCCCGAAGACUUCUCCGUCAAGCCAGCCCUACUACUUAA